AAUGCUCAGAAUCAGAACCUUUUUGCCUUUUAUUUCUUCUCUCCCAACCCGAUCUUUAUUAUAAACUGGACAAAAGUUAGGCCCUGCAGCUGCUUCUACACUGAUCCAUUCCACACACACACCCUUCUCUCUUGGCUUGGUUUAUGUUUUAUGUGUACGAAUCCAUGACACCAACUGAUUGUUAUUCAGUGUCUUCUCCUAUGCCUUUAGAUCUUAAUGAAGAUCGCACCCAUCAGCUCUUUAGUGCAAAUCAUCAAGCCUCUUCUUCAUCUUCUUCUUUAUCUUAUUCUAUAUUCUUUAACCCAGAUAUUGAUCAAGGAGGAUCUUGCUAUUGGGAAUCCAAGCAUUUACAAAGUGAUGAAGAGGCCAAGAAGAUUAUUCCUUCUAGCAGAUCAUGGGAUCAUCCAUCAGCGGAAAAGGAUGAAAGAAUAAGUGAUCUGAAGGUGAUGGUAUGGAAGAAAGAAGAUGGGUAUGAAAAUCUUCAACGAGAAGAUAGUUCAGUGAAGUGGAUGCCUUCAAAGAUGAGAAUGAUGCGAAGAAUGAUGGUAUCAGGUUUUGAUAUUGUAGGCACAUCUAAGAAGUAUGAAGAGAAAAAAUCACUAUUAUCACCUCAAGAAGUUUAUUAUAGCAGCAACAAUUCUUCUUCAAACAACAGCAACAUCCCUGUUAGGGUUUGUUCUGAUUGCCAGACCACUAAGACCCCUCUCUGGAGGAGUGGACCAAAAGGUCCAAAGUCACUUUGUAACGCAUGCGGGAUUCGACAAAGGAAGGCAAGACAUGCCAUUGCCGCGGCUGCAAAUGCAAAUGGAACGAUUCUUAUGGAUGCUAAGAAUGAGAAAUCUCAUGUGAAGAAGGGAAGCAAGUUUCGAAACAAAGGGACGAAGAAGUCCAAAACUGAGUGCACACCACAGUUGAAAAAGAAGCGGAAACUUGGAGCCAAAGCGUGUGUAGAUAGAAAGAGGUUCAAUACAUUUGAGGAUUUGACAAUAAGCUUGAGUAAGAACUUGGCAUUCCAACAAGUUUUCCCUAAGGAAGAGAAAGAGGCUGCAAUCUUGCUCAUGGCUUUAUCUUAUGGCCUGCUUCAUGGCUUUCCCUCAGAUCGUUACUUAUGAGAUUGGUUUUCAAAUCAUAAUUUUAUGAAAGAAGAUUCAAUUUAGUUAGGAAAAUUAGUAAUAGGACAAUAAAGUUUGAAAGUUGUUAGUUGGGUUGGUUUUGUCAAGUUAAAUUAUGUUGGAUUUGAGCAAAGGAGACACAAAGUACGAGUCUCUUAUUGCUCAUGAUCUCGUGUAUCUGAUAAUUUCGGUAAAUUCAAUAAUUUUACAAGGGAUUUUUAUGUUG